UGCCGCGCGCGCAGUGGGCGUGGCCCAGCUCGGCCCCUCAGGCGCGGGGUCACCAUGGGCAGUAAGAUGGCGGCCGCCGCCAGGGUCGUGCAGGUAGUCAAGCCACACACUCCGUUAAUUAAGUUCCCGGACAGAAAAAGUGGUCCCAAACCUAAAAUACAGGAGUCUCUACAAGCAAGUGUGCCAUCUCUCCAUGCUUCAAAAGCACAGGAGUUCGGAGGAAGCAGAUCACUGGCCUUUCAAGAUAUUUCACCUGUUAGUAGAGUACAAGGUACACCAGACACUUCUGAAUUAGCAAGAAGCUUACCUCAGAAAUACAGAAGGAAACUUAUGUCCGAUGAAGAGAUUGAAUAUAUUCAACGUGGAGGUCCGGAAUAAGUAUGGAAGAUAGUUUGUUGGCCACUGUUGAAGAAUGAAGCAUUGUAUUCACAAGAAAGGCAUUGCCUCAAUAUUAAAAAUUAUUGUACACUAAUAGCUUUAAUAAAGACCCCUGUGAAGGGUGAGAAGGUUGACACAGCGCACUAUAUAUCAAUGUGUGAUUGAGAAGGAUUUUCUGUUGAUGGCGAACUAGCAAUUGAGUAUAUUUGAUGUCCGCACCAUUAAAAUACUUUUCUAAUUAGCCAUUUGCAAACUUGA